AUGGCUGACGACGAAGAAAUCUCCGUCUACGACGAGGUCGAGAUUGAGGACAUGACGUACGACGAGACGCUCCAGAUCUACCACUACCCGUGCCCCUGCGGCGACCGCUUCGAGAUCGCCCUGGCCGACCUGCAGGAUAGCGAGACCGACAUCGCCGUCUGCCCGAGCUGCAGCCUUAUGAUCCGCGUCAUCUACGAGGUCGAGAACCUGCACAAGUCGGAGCCUGAGCCCGAGCCUGAAAAGGAUAAGGAGACGCCCGCCCAGGUCGCCAUCGCUGCCUGA